AGAAGUUCAUAUUCUAGGAUAUCAGACAAUUAAGCGUUUUUGGUUGGGAAUAAUAAUCUUGUUAUGAGUGAUCUCCUAUAGGAAGUUUUCCAAGUUAUACAUAAGUGAGUGUGUAUAUAUAUGUGCCGAAGAGACUUGUGUUCGCCAAUUUAUGAGGUUAAUUACUUGUCGGUCUUAAAUAUGCUUAUAGAUGACACCUUGGUCCUCGUAGCAUGAAGGUUGGGGUUUUACAAUACGUCAUGAAAAUGCUACGGGUUGUUUAAACAAAAGUUCAAAGUUGAAGCUAGCAUAAGUGUUAGAACUCUUAUUCCUAUUAUAUUAUAGAUAGAUAUUAUUAUGCGUAGUUUGCAUACCAUCAUAGCUCCGUCCUCUAGGUUGUAUAAAAACUUUUGAUGAUGAAUGAGAAAACAACACAACUUGAUCAAAUCUUAACAUGGUAUCAAGUGCCAAAGGACCAAGAACCAAAACCUAGAAUUUUUCGGAAAAAAAAAAACCAAACCAAAAACUGAAAAAUAAACCCGAAUUUUUUAAACACAAAUCUUCAUCGCGAAGAGAGGACGGAGUCAUGAUGCUAUGCAAACUAGGCAUAAUAAUAUCUGUCUAUAAUAUAAUAGAAAUAAGACAUCCACGGAAUAAAUCAGGUAAAAUACUUCACCAUCAUAUAAUGCAACCCUGUGAAGGAGUUAAAAACAUGUAAAUAAGGCACUAAACAUUAACAACAAUGCAAAAAGAUCAACAACAAGAAAUGAUACAAGGACUUAAGCCAUAGUAAAAUCUCUAUUCUAUAAGGCAACACAUGGGGGACACCAAAAAAUAGAAAAAGGAAAAAAAGAAAAAAAAUAGAGGAUAACUAACUGUUUCAUUUGAAUGAAGAAGGGGGGAAAUUAGGACAUUUAAAAUAUCAGUUUUUUUGAUAGCAUAAAAUAUAAAGACAAUUAUUCUACCCAAUUAAUUUUAUUUUCUACUUCAUAUAUUAUCAUAUGUUAUCGCAUGCAUUGCGUGCAUGUAAGACUAGUAUUGUACUUAAUUAAACUAUAUGGUGACAAGAAGAUGUCUUUUUAUACACCCCACCAAAAUCCGAAAAUUGUAACUAGUGAAUGAAGAUAGCUAACUAGUUCUGAAAGCAAAUACACAACCUCAAGUGUUUAUUUGUAUUAAUAGAACAACCAAACGUAGAGUGUUCCAAAAUAAAUCAACAACCUAUUAGGGAAAAAGGCAAGGAAUGAAGAUUAAAUUGGGGUUUGCCGUCAGAAGUUGGCGUAAUUAUAUUCCAGCAUCUAGUCGUGGCGUGGGAAAUGGGACACAGGAUUCGGACUGCUUUACAUAUUUGAUAUUACAGCAUCUUUCUUCUCUCUUCUCUCUGCUCCUCUAAUUCUCUCUCAUCUCUCUCAAUAUUGACAACACUCAAAGUCUCAAACCACCGAGCAGUAACUUCCGACGGAACGAGUGAGGACUUCGCCUAGACGCCGACCACCAUUCGCCUCCUUUAAUUCGAACUUCGAAGUUUGACUUCAUCGACCCAGCAGUAAUCCUCCAUUAAUUUGAACCAAAACUGGCUCGCUACAGAAUUGGUGUCAACUUCGCCCUUCAAGAAGAAGUAAUCACAAUUAUUGCGUUGACAUACAUGUGGAUCUCUGGGCAUGUGGUUGUGGUUAUUAGUUUUAUUCUAUUUUAUUUUUCUUAAAAUUACAGUUAGUAUUACUUGGUAAUUGGUCAAUAUAUGUAUUUAUUUUGAAUUUGUAGUAAUAUGUUAAUUGCAUGAACUAUUAGUGUACUAUUUUUUGUGGUGAAUGAAUUAUAAUUUGGUGAUUUGUUGUUGAAUUAUAAUUUUUCAGAAUCAUUAUUGAAUUUUAAUUGUGGGAAUAACUAAUAAUUUAAUUCUUUUUUAUGGGUAUAAAUGUGAUGUGAAUUGAUUAGCUCUUUAAGGUGUAUGUGCUUGUCAAUCUGUCCCAAAAUUUGAUAACACGUACAUCAUGAAAAAUUGCAUAUUUUUUUCUUAAAGUACAUUGAGUUUGUAUAUGGAUUUUGUAUCAUUUUGAACAUAUAGUAGUUAAUAUGUUUACUUUUGGUAUUAAAAUUACGCUACUUCUUACGUGAAAUCUUAGCUUGGAUCCACCACAUCUUGCUUGUGUUAUGUACAUACGUAUACUAAUAUAAACCCGUUGAUGUUAUGUCGGUGGUCUAGAGGGUUCGUCGUCCUCUCUCUCUUCGUUGGUGGAGAGAUCUUGCCGCCAUGAUGAUAAGUGCUCUGCCCAUUCGAUGGGUUGCCAUCGCCACCUUCAUCGACAUCAACCACAACCGUUGGCUUCAUUCAACUCUACCGUUGCUUGCUCUGUUUCUGCUCUAUUGUCGAUGGUAGCUAUCCUCAGCCUGUUUCUUCGAGAAAGUAGAUCUAGUUUUUUAGGUUUUAGUUUUUAAUUUCUUUUUUUGGUUUGUACAUGUACUUUAGUUUCCUAGUGUCUCUCCCUAAGAUAGGUUUCCACUAGACUCCAUUCAUUUAUUUCUUUGAAGGAAAAAGAUAUAUUUCAUCCGUUCUGUUUCAAAUGAAACGUGGGGGCUUAGCACGAGGAUUUAGGAGAGGAGAGAGGUAGAGAGAAAGAAAGAAAAAGAGGAACCCAUGUGGUGAGGAGAGAUAUAGAGAUAAAAAAAUACCUAAAAAAAGUAAAGUUUCUUUUAUUAUGAAAUGACCUAAAGUGAUGAAUGAUUCAUCUAUUUUAGAACGAAGUAGAUAUAUAAGCCCUCCUAUCGUGAUCUUAUCUCUUUGACGUGACAUAAAUUAUAGUGGUGCUAUUAUUAUAGUGAUAAAAGCCAUGUGUAACUGAUAUUAGUCGAUAAAGAAAGACCCACCUCAUCGAUGAUCGACUUAGAGUCUUGUUUGGUUAACCUUCAAAUGCAUGGGAAAUUAGAAUUCUUAGGAAGUAAAUAUAUGUGUUGUUGUUUGGUUGACAAAAACAUGGGAAAUAGAACUUCCUACGAAGUUCUAUUUCCUACAUGGAGGAAAUAACUCACCUACUCCUUCCUAGGUAAGUGGAAAUUCUCAUGGGAAAUAUAAUUUCCCAUGUUCAACCAAACAAAAAAAAUGUACCUCCUGGAAAAUAAAAUUUCAUGGGCAAUGCAAAUUCAUGGAAAGUUAUACUUCCCAACUUCAACCAAACGAGCCCUUAACAAUUCAUUAAUUAAUAAACUUCAUCUCAACCAGAUUCAGAUCUAUCUUUUUAUUCUUUUCCCCUGCUUUUAUCCCUUUCAAUUUCCACUAAGGUAUUCUUUUCCUUUUGCGUCUUAAAUUAAAUAGCUUUUUCUACAUUGUUUAUCACUUUCGCAAAUUGAGGCUUAAUUUCAGCAAAUUUUACUCAUUUGCAUUACAUUUUCGGAUACUAAUCACUAGUCACUUUUAAGCACAUCCUUUGAUCAUUCCUUCAACUUUGAACCCAAUGGCUCUCUCCUUGCAACGUUUCACUUGGGCAUAUAACGACAGUUUUUUCACCCAAUUGUUGAAACGAAGACUUAGAAAUGAAAAAGAGAGGUCAAUGUUAAUUGCAAUCAACAAGUUGGAUCAUUUGCCUGAAAAUCUGAUUAUUGAGAUUUUGUCAUGGCUGUCAGUGAAAGAUCUGUUACAAUACAAGAGUGUUUGCAAAUCAUGGUAUGCUAUAAUUUCAAGUCCUAAUUUCAUAUCAGAACAUCUGAAAAACUACUAUAACAACAAUGAUGAUUGGCGGGGUUGUAUCCUUGUUCAACAUUAUGUUACCCAUGCUGAACUUCAAUUGUACGAGUUGUUAGUAAACGAAACUCCUCGAGUUUUAGCUGAUGAAGUGUUGUAUAACAUUCCAUUGUAUAGUUCAUAUGUAUGUGGCCCUUGUGAUGGAAUAUAUUAUCUGUAUCAGUACGACUCUAGUGAUCGUGCCUUGUGGAAUCCGGCCAUCAAUGAGUUCAAAACCUUACCUAAAUUGAUCUGUAAGGCCGAUCUUCCGUCUAGUUUGACUUAUGCAGCUAAUGAAGUUUAUGGUUUCGGGUUAGAUCCUAUAACUAGAGACUAUAAGGUGGUUGUUAUUAAAGGUUAUUGGAGUAACAAUGAUGAAGAAACUGAUGUUAAGCAUCCUUUAUCGGUCCUUGUAUACUCAUUAAGUACUAAUUCGUGGCGAUAUUGUGGAGAUCUUGCUAAGGCUUAUGAUUUAGAAAGCAAUAAAUGUUACUUGAAUGUGAAUGGAUGUUGUUACUGGUUUGGAUCAUUUGAGUAUACUUCUGAAGUGAUUGUUUCUUUUGACAUGUCUACUGAUGAAUUUAAAGACAUUCAUGUUCCUGAUUAUGCUCAGCCAAGUUCUAAGUGUUUAGGAAUAUAUGAUGAUUGUCUUGCAUUUUUAUCACUUCAUGAGAGUGAGAAAAAUCUUGAAAUAUGGACUUGGAAUGAGGGGUCUUGGACCAAAAAAGCAACUGUGGGACCGUUUCCUGAUGUUAGGGGUCCUAUUGGUCAUUGGAAAGAUAAUAGACUCAUAUUACAAUGUGAAGAUGGUGAGCUAGUCAUACUUGAUCGAGACGCACAAGAAGUACGGGAUCUUUCGUUUCAGAAUGAAAGGUGGUGUGGAGGAGUUUUUGCAUACAUGGAAAGUUUGGUUUCGAUCAAAGAUAAGACAGAGUCACAGCAGGCCGAGGAAGUUGAAGCAUAAGAUAACCAAGCUCAAGUCUUUCCUUAUUUUCUCCACAGGCUUCCUAGUGUGUUAGUAUCUGUGCUUUUAGUGGAAUAACACCAGCCUAUAUGUUUGAGUGAGUGCUUUGGUGUGAGUAAGAGUAAUCCGAGGCUGAUGAGAUGUUAUACUAUAAUGUCCCAUUUUGUGAUAAGAACUACAAAGUCUUUUAGUUGGAUAGUCUGUAUUAUGUCAUUGACAUUGGGAUAUAAAGGAAUUUCUUAAUUGUCUUGUA